AUGGAGGAAUUUGCUGCGCGUGGCCGACGGGGCAGCAUGCGGCUUAGCCAGGGUGCCCAGAGGCUGACAAAGGAGCAGCUGGCAGAGAUUGAGAAGGCUAAGUGGAAGCGGGAGCUGGAUGAGAUCUUCGAGCGCAGCAUCCAUGUGACGUCGUUGAAAGAUGAAGACUUUGCGAACGUGCUGGGGCCCGGCUGGAAGACGCAGCACCCCACCAGGAUUGACUUCAGCAGUGACCGGUACCAGCUAGACACCUUGGAGGGCCCCUCAGGGGGUCUCCUGCACCCAAUGCUGCGUAAGCAUCGGGUCAACUUGGUGGAUGUAUCCAACAAUCACUUGAUGGACAUCUCCGUUUUGAGCAAGGCCAACGGCUUCGAGGCUCUGCACACAAUCAUGGCGAGGAAGAACCUCUUGUCCCGCAUCUCCCUCAACCUGCCAAACCUCAUCGAGCUGAACCUGGCCUACAACCUGCUAAAGACCAUGCCGAGCCUGGGACUUCUGCCUUCACUGGAGGUGCUGAUUUUGUCACACAACCAGCUAAGCGGCAGCCUGGAGAAUUUGAAGUCGUCCAUGCGCAUCAAGCGCUUGGAUUUGGCUUACAACGAGUUUGACUGGACCCCGUCGCAGCUCUCGCAAGCCUUGAAUGCCAUGAGCCACCUUCGGAGCCUUCAGAACCUCCGGCUUUAUCACAACAAGUUCGUGGCCUGCUUCAAAGAAUACCAGAUCUAUGUUGUCAGCAAGCUCAAGUCUCUGCAGAAGCUGGAUGACUGCAUCAUCAGCAUGGACAUGCGGGACGAGAUCGAGAGUACGAACCUCUUGGCCCUGGAUGUUUAUGAUGUGGCUUUCAAGAAACGUCAGGAGGAGCUGGCGAGGAGAAGGAGCAGUGCUGGUGUGGGGUUCAAAACCAUGGGAGCAGGCGUGGGAAAGCUGAAACAGAUCAUGGAGUCGCUGGAAGAGAUCCUUGAGGACCCCAGCGCCCUGGCAGCACGCGUCGCCGUGGUGCGUGAGAACGCCGCCCUCAGGGCGAACAGCAGUGGCAAUGAGGGCUUCCACGUCGAGGAGGCCUUCUGGGACGGCAUGGACAAUGGUGGCUCCGACAAAGAGAUGCAGAUCACGGUGUCCUACAUCUUGGAGCUCAUCACAGCAGUUAUGGAGCGCCAUGACACUGCCCGGAACAGCUUGGUGGAAACUUUGGGCUUCCUGUCAUGCGUUGUCUCACAUGGCCUGGGCUUUCGCUGUUUGGACCUGCUUCGGCGGAUGAUGCUCAGCAGCGACCACUGUCGUGAGGAAGCAGGUCGCGGAGUAAAAACGAUCGUGGUUCCGACUGUGCUUGCUUUCGGAGAGGCCGACAUCAACAGUGAGAUCACCAAGACAAUGCUCCUUGGCCUCCUUGACCUCGUGCAGGAAAAGCAAAUCAGGGAGGAGGUCUGCGACAUUCUCGAGGAGUUGCUCCCCCUGCUGCUGAACUGGUUCCUGGGGGAAGAAUACCUCACCGAGGAUGGGGCUCACAUUGUGAAGCUUCUGGCUUCCAUCACUGGUCCGGAGGAGUACGCGCAGAGAGCAGCAUCACCGGAACUGGCAGCCAGGACCAUUAUGCACCUGGAGAACAAGGCUUUGUUUGACAACAUGCGUCUCAGGAGUACAUGGAUUGAUGUGCUCCAAAUCACGCAGAACAUCAUCAUGUAUGGGUCACAGGAGAUCGUGGACAUGUUCUACAAAGCCGCAAGCCACUCCAAGGUCGUGGCUCGCCUCCGCCAGGUGCUCACGGCAACAAAAGGUCGACACAACGACCUGCCCUUGCCAGCUAGAACGAUCGCUUGCAUUUGCCAGUUCGUCUCGGCCAUGAUGCAACGAAGCAACGCCUCCUUGCAAGAGUGCUGUGACCCCAUCUGCUUCCAAGAUGUUCUUUGCCAGCUUCUGCGUACCCACCUAGUGGACCCACUCAUCAUGGAGGCAGCGACGAAGACCCUCCGCACGAUGCUUGAGGACCCCAAAGUCUACAGUAAGCAGGCCAUCCGGGUCGUGGAAGAUCUACGGAUAGUGACCCCGCUCCUCCAAUUUCUGGGAGGGAAGAAGUAUCCCGAGCUCUACAAGCUUGCCCUCAAGUACUCCGAGGAUCAGUCACGCGAUGCCCCACCCUUCGCAGAGCUUGAGAAUGACCUCGUCACCAACGCCAUGAUCGGCAUUGUUACUUUGGUGGAGUUCUUCGCCGCAGAAGAUGAGAGCAUCAAUGAUGACAUAGCAAGGCAGCUUGUCAACGAUGCGAUGAAUACUCAGGGGAGAGAGACCAUUCUCCUCAAACUGCUGGUUAUCCCCUGCGAUGAUCUGAAAUUGAUCGUUAUGCGCUGCCUGAGCAAGGUGCCUCUCAGCCAGAUCGAGCCAGAUGAGAUGGGCGCCAUUGUAAAGUGCCUCUCCGAUGUGAAGAACAUUGGGGAAGGGCGCACUGAGGAGAUGCUGGCGUUGGUGGUGCGUCAGCUUGAACGUUUGCUUUUGGCUCCGGGCGACACUGGCCUUGGUUUCCGACAAGGCUUUGCAGAAAGGGCCGUGGCCGAGUGCAGCGAGAUCCUCCUCGCAAACUCGGCGCGCUCGACGGAUCGCGAGUCAGACGAGUUGGAGAAGCUUGCUCUCUCCUCAGCGAUCGUCAACUUCUACUUCAGUUGUAGCGCCAUUCCGUCUCUGCGGAGCUGCUUGAGGAAUCCCACCAUUGAUGCCUUAUUCCCCCGCAUCAUGAAGUUUGAGGAGGAGCUGCACAGUCCUCUCGCCGCGGACGUCCUGCUUGAACAGACCUGGCUGGGACGAUCCAUGGAAAAUUUGCUGCAGUGCUUCCAAGGCGAGAAAGUGCUCGUUCGUGGAAAGAAGGUUGCGAUCCGUAUCCUAAGCCAGAUGGCGAAUGUCAUGGAAGGGCGCUCGUCGUACCAGGACCGGAGCCGCUGCCGCAAGAUGCUCACGUUGAAAGAGGUGGCGGCGGCAGAGGCCAAAAUGUGGAACGUACACGCCGUGCAGAAAGCGCAGAGGUUCCUGGAUAACCAGGAGUGGGAAGACCGCAUCGCACAGGCGCAGCAGUUCGUCAGCGCUGGCGGCCCUGCUCGUUUGCAGGACUUCUUGCUGGAUCUUGCCGCGAAGGAGCGUGAGGAGUACUACCUUGACCAGUACCUGAAGGCUGGGGACAAGCCCGGAGCUAUUCUGAUUGAGGCCGAAGGGAAGAAGGCUGCGGUGCUCGAGCAGAAGGGUGAGGAGCUUCAUCGCGAUGAGGCCUUGGAGGUGGACAUGAUCCAGACUUUGCAGUCGACAACUUUCUCACCAUCGCAUUCCAUCGCCAUCUUGACUCUCUGGCCCAAGGCAAGCAAGGCUGGAGCGCCCUCGCUCGACGCAGCCGAAGACGCUGUGACAGUCGUAGUUGUGGGUGGGCUGCCUGCCUGGCUGCAAAGCACAGCUUUUCAACGUGACUUGACACAACGCGUCCAGCACGAUUUGCAUACCUUCGGCCUGAUCCGUGGCAAUGUGGCAGUCUUCCAGAGGCAGGCGGAGUUGCAGAUUCAAGACCAUGGCGAGAGCUUGCAUUGGUUCACCGAAGCUCCGCAUGCAGGUGUCCGAUUGACCCUCCAGAUGGAAUUUGCCAGCCAGUGGCCGGUUCUUAAGUCCAUCAAUGUGGACUGCAAGAUCCAUGGAGAGACUUCUUUGGUCCAUCUGUUUAGCACCACCGGUACCAUGGGUGAAUGGGCCGAUGAUGUCUGGUCAGCUCGAACGCACUGGGAGCAGAGGCUAUUGUCCGGGCUAGCUCAACACUCCAGGAGGCACGAGAAGCGGGAUGCCGCUGCGGCUGCUGACACUGCAAUAGCCUUCGUGAAGUCCUCGGUGUGGAAUUUCAUAUCAGAAAGCCAGACACUCAAAACGGGCCAGGCGGUCGAGACAUCUGAAGAGUCAGUUUGGCAACAGUAUGGGCCAGCAGCUUUGGCCCAGCUGCUGUCAGAACUUAUUCUGAACUCCGCCAUGAAGAUGUCCGCAAACUUCCUGCGCAGCACCAUGCAGGAUACGCUGACAACUUUGCCCUUCUGGCCAGCAGAUCAGUUGAAUCUCCAAGAGCACUUCCCGCCGCUGCAACAGCAAGACAUGUAUGUCGACUUAGACAAGCAGCUGUUUCCGGACUUGUUCCUUAGAUUGGCCGCCGUAGUGUGGACAGCAGCCUUUCAGGGUAUCUCUACACUGCGGCAGGCACUCGACGAGCUGAGGCGGCGUGGCAUGCCAUUAGUCAGGCUUGCCCUGCACACACCCAUCCUCUACAAAUCUGGGGGGAGGCACAGAAGCUUGUCUGGUCCGCUUCUGAUGUUUGUAGUUGAUCAGCUGAACCAGUCGGAUGUGGCCACAGAGAUGCUGCAUGCAUUGAUCGCGAGCAGUGCAGAUCCGAAUGCCAACUACGUUCUCUUCCCUACCGGCAAGCACAAGGCAAUUGGAAGGUUCCCUCUCCUGUGUCUUGCAGGGAAUCGGCAAGCCCAUGGGCUUGCUGAGACUCUGCUUCGCACUAGGGCGGAUGCCAACCAGGAGAUCACGCUGAAUUAUUUCCCUCACGGCGGCAAUGCACUGUGGAGCGCUGUGUGGGGAAGCGACUAUGGCAUGAUCCGAUUGCUGCUAACCUUUGGCGAUGCUGACGUGAAUGUACGUGCCUGGCACCCAGAUGCUCCACCACUCACGGGACAGGCCAGACAUUUGCAGUUGCUAUCGUUGGCCUCAACGGCCUUAGAUGCUGAACAUGUGCAGCUCUUGCUUGAGUGCAAAGCAGACUUUCAAGCGGAGUUGACGCCGACCUUUGCUGCUUGUCAUGCUGAAGUUACCAGACUGUUGGCGAGCCACGUGGCCUACAGCCAUCCUGCAACCAUUGUGCACAGAUGCGAUGAACUGAAUGGGACCUGUGGAGUUUGGAUACACUGGGUUUUUCAAGAAGUAGCAGCCGACAUCACGUCCAAACGGCUCUUCCGCACUGCCUUGUCAGCGGCAGGAGCUGAUCCGGAGUUGCGCCGUUCCUUUAUGCGACUGCUGUGUGAUCUCAUCCAGCGCCUCCCAGCGGCUGCGGCAGAGCUGCUUGACAACAUUGCUUUGCAGAGCCCGCAGGUCCAGGAGCCAGGCCGGCAUCCGUUGAGAACGCGAUGCCGCUUCCGGGCACGUGAGUGCCACACGGCAUACAUCGCAGAAACCAGGUGGGCGCCAUCCGGCACCAAGUUUCAAAACAGGCUUGCACCACCAGCGAGAGAAGCUGGGGAACGGUUCCUUUGGCUGUUUCCGUCAAUGCGACAAGUUGAGUUCUGUGAUAUUCAGCUGGUCGACAUUCCAUGUCUCAUUGAUGCUAAAGUACUGGGAGCUCUUCGGGCAUUGCCAUGGGAGACCCUGGUGAUGUUGCUCAAUGAAAGCAUUGUCUUCCAAGCAUUGGUGGAUCACGUGUGGAGAGAUGGUAUGCGACGGUGUCACUAUGUGCAGGCCUCAACCUCGCUCAUCCAGUUCUGCUGCUUGCUAAUUUGGUGGCAGAGGACGGAGAGCAUUGCAAAGGCGAUUUGCUGGGCAGUAUUUGUGGCUGCGGUGGCCUUCCAAGUGUCUAGCAUCAUGCUCACACUUCAUCGACGUUCAGUGCCGUCGCUGCAACGCGUCGUGCAUGCCGGCAUGGGUGUGCACUUGGCGGCUUCUGCCUGGCUGGCGUGGCAAGAUACCCAGCAAGAUGAGAAUUACAGGUCAUCCAUGGCGGUGAAUGUGGUUGCCUGCAUUGCGUCUGUAGUAUACAGUUGUCGCGUGUUGCAGCCAUUUGGAAUACGAGUCGGCCAGAGCCUCCUGCCCAUCUUGAACUCAGUUGGCAGGCGCGAGUUUGCUGCAAUGGCGAUGCUCAUCUUUGUCACUUUGUUCGCCACUGCUCUUUACGUUUGCAUCGAAUUCGACACAGACGUUGAAGGCUUCGCGCAAGCAGCUUUCCAAACCUGGCAGACUUUGAUUGUGGGUGAGCCAGCUCUGGUGAAUGCCAAUGACGAAACUGGAAGGAAUGUGACUCGCUUCCUGGCAAUCGCCUUGUUUUUCUUCGCGUGCAACACGGUGCUCAUGAACAUUUUCAUUAAUGUGACCGGCUCCGUGUACGUGCAAGAGACGGCCAAUACUGUGGGAAGCUUUCAGGCAGAACGCCUUCGCAUUUGCGAGGAGGCAGUGGCCGGAACGCACUUCGCCCGCUGCGCAGUCUUCAUCGAAUUCUUGGUGGCUUGGUGCCUUUGGCUUCUUGUCAGGCUUCUCACUACGAGUGCCGUGAAUGCUUUGAACAUACUGAUUGCCAUGAUGUGUUGGAUCGUCGGCUUCUGCUGGCAGUGGCACUUGGCAAGGCAAGCAGGCGCUUCGAUUGACAGCUUUGAAGGAUCUUCGCUGUCAGGGCAACCUGUCACUGCAUUGCGGCAGCAAGACGAUGACAACAUAUACGAGAAGUCUGCAGGGAGGGAGGCUCUGAUGAUCGCCAUGCAGCGCGAAGAGGACGUGCUGGACGACGAUCAAGCGGGACUUUUUGUGCUCCGUCCUGACAGCUUGGCCUGGGACGAGGAGAUCUUCCAAGACGUCAAAAAAGGUCAGACGCAUCUGGUUUAUGCUGCAGCGGCCUAUCUGCGAAUCGUCCACGCACUCCUGGCCCUACCACCACACCCGUCCUGCCGGCGCCAGAUGCUGGAAGACCUGAGACAACCAGAGUACUUGGCGAAGCUGCUGGCUUUGGUCUCGGGGCUUCCAAGCCUGGCUUGCCACAUCGCGGCCAAGUUUCUCAGGGUGAUGUCAAGCGCAUUGGCCAUGGCUGCUGAUGAUGGAGAUGUCCCACCUCCAAAGCUGGAGCACUUCUACAUGGUUUCGAUGUACACGCAACAGCUGGCAGAGUCACUGCUCUACCUGCUGAAGCUCACAAAGGACCAGCGCCUGGAUCCAAAGGAGGAGGUGCUGAGUGUAGAGAUUGCACGCUUCGUCGGCACACUGGUUGAGGCCGUGCCGCGCUUCGCGAACAGCUCCUUCCGCUUCCCCGAUCAUCCUGACAUCCAGCGGAUGUGCGUCGAGAAGUGUCUGGACUGGCUGGUGCCUGCAGCCACGGUGCGGGUCUUUGUUGCGAUGAUCCUGUACGAGCUGCAACUGGACAUUGGUGGUGGGUCUGGACGGAGCAUCCACCACGAGUUUGUCAAAGAGGCAUACAAGCGAGUCGGCAUGAAAGAUCAAGCCCUGGCUGCGCUGACAAACAUCCUGGUGCGCUGCACGGACUACCGUUACGAUGUCUUGGAGGUUUUCAGCGUCGGUGAGGUGUUCUUAGCGCAAAAUGUGCGACCCAGCUUUCUUGGUGAGCUGUUGAAUGGCCUAAACCUGGGUGCCUUUACACUUCAUGUGGAGACUUUCCUGGCAGACUAUGACCCUUUGUCCAAGGACCAGCAGGUCUUGCACAUGGAAAUUGUGGAGAUGCAGAGCAAGACGUCCAACAGCUUCAAGACUUAUCUCCUUGUGGCCACGAACUUCAAAGUCUUCCUUCUUGAGCCUAACCCCGAGAAACCCGCCUAUGCUGCAGAGAUCGGCGAACACUGGGAUCCCAAUUGGGAGACUCUUUUUCCCCGGCAGCCUCUGGUCGUCUGGGAGCGUGAGUAUUCGAGCUUGGUGCGUGUCUGGCGCUGCUACGGUUCACAGAUUCUGGCCCUGGAGUGGCAGGGAGCGGGCAAGCGCCUGUCUGAUGCUGAAGAGUCCCCCAAAAGCGGGCAGGCGAUCCAGUACGAGGUUUACCUCUUCCACUUGGCCGACCGCCGGGACGUCAUGGCAGAUUGCCUUCGUGCCUAUGCAGCCUCCAAGGACACGAAGGGCGAGGGUCCCCCCGUGUUGACUGACCCAAGCUUUCGCACAAUCGUGAUCGCGCAGACCAAGGAGGAGCAGGUUCUGGCGGCUACGGUAACCACCCUGGGCCCAGCACCCCGGGUUGGCCUCUUCGCCGCCGAGCAGAAGGCAGACCAUCGGCCGCGACUCUUUGUGUUGACAAAGGCGUCAGUCUUGGAGUUUGCCAUCAACUCCAGCUUCGUGGCUAGCACAUUCGGCAUAGUUUGUCUGUUUGCUGAGUUUGCUGUCGGUUUCCCUCUGCCCAACACAUCCACUGCUCGGUGCAGUAAGCAGAGUCACCGCAGUGUCACCGCAGCUCGUUUCCAGCCAAGAGUCAAGCCGUUGCCAGAGUGCACCUGCCAAGCAAAGGCUGGUGUUUACCAUGGAGGUCACAGGUACCUCUCGCUUGAAAUGGUUGCACCGGCAACCCCGCGCGCGGGAGGCAAGCAGUUGCCUGAGAUUCAAAGUUUGGAGGCCCUGCAUGAGCCAGGUGAGCCAUUGUCGACUGCACGUGUUCUCGGGGCAUUGGAGCCCUACCUCGCUUCCUGGCGGUUGGCCCCACAGAAGGCCACUGUGGUGCUCCGUCAGCUGGCAAGGCAACAGCAGCCCUUGGCUUUGGCGGUCCUGCGGGCCAUGGCGAUCGGACAGGUGGAGGCGAAUACCGUGCACUGGAAUUCCGUCAUCUUCGAAGCCACAAAGGCAAAGGACUGGCAACAAGGGGUUGCGCUAGUGAAAGAGCUGGCCUCUGUCAGACUCAGCUGUGAAACCAACAGCUACAACUCCAUCUUGAGUGCGGCCGUGCGCUCGGAGACGUGGCCCAGGGCAGUCCUUAUACUCAGCCAGCGAUUUGAAGUCCAAGCACCUGCAGAUGCAGUCAGCUACAAUGUUUUGGCUGAUUCCAUUGCCAAGUCCAGUGCGUGGCAACAGGUUCUUCAUGUGCUGCGGGACAUGUCUUUAGAGCAUACUCUACCUGAUGUCAUCACCUACUGUGCUGGCAUGUACGCAUCCUAUGCAAGCAAGUUGGAGUGGGCUCUCACGUUUCACUUCUUGCAGACGAUGCAGUCCAUCGGCAUUGUGUGCGACAUAACCAACAUCGGCACCGCUGUAAGCACAUGUAGCUUGGCUUCAAGCUGGAAGUCUGCAGCGUGGCUCCUUUGUCAAGCGGCGCGCUCAACCUUGCGCUUGAAUGCUGUCAGCAUCAAUGCCGCCAUCUCCUCGAUGAGUGAAGGAGAAGCCGAGUGGCCGACAGCAAUUGGUCACCUGGAGCGCAUGCGGACCACAAUGAUUGGGCCUGAUGAGGUCAGCAUACUUGCGUCCAUCAACGCAUGCGACAAGGGGGCCUGGCAAAUCGGGAUGGCCUUGUUUAUCGACUCCGGGCAGUGGAAGCUACACCCAAAUACAUUUACAGGCAACGCGUUGCUGUCCGCCUAUAGCUCCAGUACUUCCAGCAGAAAUCCAUGGCAGACCGGGUUGCGCCUUCUGAAGCUUCUGCAAGAAGUGCAAGUCACUGCAGACGUGGUGAGCUUCAACAUCGUGUUGUCAAUGUUAGGCCGAGCCAAUGCAUGGCACACUGCAGUGGAUGUCCUGGCACUCAUGGCUGAUUCACAUUCCGCAACCACAUCGCAUCUGAAUUCCGUGAUGGGCUGCCUUGCCAAGGUGCAACAAUGGGAGCAGGCGGUGUUCCUACUCCAGCAGUCGCAUGAAAGAACCAUCGAAGCAGACACUGCCACCUAUUCCUACUUGAUCGAAGCUUGCAGGGACUGGACUUUGGCCUUGCGUACUUUCGAGAUGUCCAAGGAGCUCGAAGUCGAUGCCUCCCGCGCCGUGCCGUCAAGCGGAAGGCGCAGCUGGCAAAAAGACCUGACCCACAUGGUGAGCACAUUGGCAAGACAUGAGAUUUCAUGGCAACUGGGUGCUCAGUGUGUGCAGCGACUGCAAAGUCUGGGACUGCAGGCCAACGGCGUUACCUUGACUUCCCUGCUUCACACAGUGAAGCCUGGCAGGUGGCCCAUGGCUUUGCACAUGCUCCGCUCCUCAUCAUGUCUUUCACUUCCGCCGAAUGACUUCAGCCGAAGUGCUGCUCUGACGUCCCUGGGCCCUGGACGUCAGUGGCGGUCAGUCGCUGCCAUUUUUCGCCAGAUGGCCAGAGAGAACCUGGAGGUGAACCAGGUUUGCUGCGGUGCUGCUCUUCGGGGGUUUGAGCGCCAAAGCCUGUGGAGGCGCUCAUUAUGGCUGCUCAGGAAUCGUCCAUAUGCCUUGGAUCCUGUCAGCUGCAGUUCCGCCUUGAACGCUUGCUCGGAGAUGGCAGUGUGGGCACGGACACUGCGUCUUCUGUGGGAAGCUAUCACCUUGCGCAGAUGUGAGCUGGACGCAGUCUGCUGCAACGCAGCUAUGGCAGCAUGCAGUGGCAGAUGGGUCGAGUCUGUGACUCUCUUGAAGUGCCUGAGUUCACGGAGCCUCCGGUGCACAUCCAUCAGCUUGAGCACAUGCAUCUCUGCGUGCUCCAGAUGCUUGCAGUGGCCCUGGGGCCUUUUCCUCCUCGAAGUGAACACAGAGAACACAGUGAACAGGACAGGUAAGGAUGUCUUGAGUCUGGACAUCGUGAGCCUGGAGGCAGUUGUUAAUGCAUGCAGAAGUUGUGAGCAGUUUUUCAUCAUUCCCAGCCUACUGCGCCGCCUGCAAAGGCUCCUGGCAUCCGCCCUCAGAGCUGGAUCCCGCCGCUGGGACAAAGUGAUGAAAGUGAACCGCAAUCUCCAAAACGCGAAUGCCAUUUUCGACGACUUCCUGCCCGAUGAUCUCGACGAGGGGGAAGGAGAGGGCGAAGCAGCGGAAGAAGAGGAAGUUUUCCCGCCUCCGUCCGACGAGGAGAUGGCUUUGCGCCACCUGGACCGUCUCAGCGCUGCUGCCGGGAAGGUGCGGCCACCGCCGCAGACUGGUACUGGCAGGCCUGUCCUGGCCCUCACGAAGACCUACAAGCUGCCAGCCUCGGAGAUUCACUUCGAGAGCCGCAGCGAGGCUGAUCUCACCCUACAUUUCUCCAGCGGCGCCUUUUGCAUUCGCUUCUUCACGGACAGCAGCCGUGAAGUGUGGCGGCGGGGCCUGGCGUACACCCUGGUAAAGGGGGAGAAAGGAUGGGAAAGACAGCAUUGA